AUGAGAGUGCUUGAUGGAAAGACGGCACUCAUAACAAUAUAUCAACCACGGCCUUACAACCUUGAAGCAUAUGACGUAGAGCCUGGAAAUAGUAGUUGGGUUAUCGACGGCGUCUUUCAAGAGGUCGAUAUAAAGACAGGAGAGGUCCUAUUUGAGUGGAGCUCGCUUGACCACGUUCCCCUUUCGGCUACCUACACCCCUCUGCGGUUGGACGGACUGGUGGGUGACGGCUUGAGUAAUGCUAGUGCUUGGGAUUACUUUCACAUUAAUUCAGUCGAUAAGAAUCCGGAAGGUAACUACCUUGUGUCUUCAAGACAUACCAGCUGCAUAUACAAGAUUUCCGGCAUGGACGGGUCCAUCAUAUGGCGGCUGGGCGGCACUCAAUCUACUAUACAACUGACGAAUUUCAAUUUCUCCUUUCAACACGACGCUCGAUUUCGAGAGGAGAAUGAGACCAUGACGGUUCUCUCUCUCUUUGAUAAUGCAAGCGACCAACAUCAGAACACAUCAUCGACGUCGUCAGGGAUGGUUAUCUCUAUCGACCACAGUACGAACUCUUCGACCUUGAUCAGACAAUACCACGCCCCGGGUGAUGGUCUUCUUUCGACAAGCCAGGGAAACACUCAAAUAUUGCCAAACAAGAACGUCGUAAUCGGAUGGGGCAGCAAACCUUCAAUCUCGGAGCAUACCGAGAACGGCACUGCAAUAUUCUUCGCCACAUUGACAGACACCGAUUCAGAGAAUUACCGCGCAUACAAAUCUAACUGGACCGCAAAGCCAAGCGACCCUCCUCUCCUUCGGACAUACAGUACAUCCACAAAGUCAGCAACCACCUUCUGGGUAAGCUGGAACGGAGCCACAGAUGUCGACCGUUGGAGAAUUCAUGCUACUACCCCUGCGUCCGACGAAUUUAUGCCUUUGGAUGUAGUACACAGCCAGGGCUUUCAGACUAAAUGUGUGAGCACUAGCUACCACUCUCGGGCUUUUGCGGAGGCUCUUGCAACGGAUGGGUCGAGUUUAGCAAACUCAUCAAUUGUGGCUACAUCAUCGGUCUCUCCUGGGAGAGAUUAG